AUGGCCUUGGCCCAGCGGCAAGUGGCGGUGCAGGAAGGGCCCCUCUACCGCACAGAGGGGUCCCACGUCACGCUGUGGUGCAAGGUGAGCGGCUACCAGGGCCCGGCGGAGCAGAACUUCCAGUGGUCCAUUUACUUGCCCUCGGCCCCUGAGCGGGAGGUGCAGAUCGUCAGCACUGUCGACCCCUCCUUCCCCUACGCCAUCUACACCCAGCGCGUGCGCAGCCGGGGGAUCUACGUGGAGCGGGUGCAGGGGGACGCCGUCCUGCUGCACAUCACUGACCUGCAGGACCGGGAUGCCGGGGAGUACGAGUGCCACACGCCCAACACCGACGAGAGGUACUUUGGGAGUUACAGCGCCAAGAUGAACCUCGUGGUGAUCCCCGACUCGCUGCGAGUGACGGCGGUCCCGCAGACACUGAACAAAGUGGAGCGUGACUCCCUGGAGCUGAAGUGCGAGGUGUCCAAGAGCACGGCCCAGCACAGCCAUGUCUCCAUCGCCUGGUACCGGCAGCGAGGCAGCGAGGCGCCCGUGGAGGUCAUCUCCCUCAGCCGCGACUUUGUCCUGCGGGCCGGCAGCGCCUACGCCCAGCGACAAGCCACGGGGGAUGUUCGCUUGGACAAAGUGGGGGAGACCACCUCAAAGCUCACCAUCUACAACCUCCACCCAUCGGAUCAGGGCGAGUUUUACUGCGAGGCGGCAGAGUGGAUCCAGGACCCAGACAAGUCUUGGUAUGCCAUGACCCGCAAGCGUUCCCAGGGCGCCAUCGUCAACGUGCAAGCCACCGAUAAGGAGUUUAGUGUCCGGCUGGAGACAGAGAAGCGGACAUAUAUUGUGGGUGAGCCGGUGGAAUUCCGGUGCAUCCUGGAGGCGCAGAACAUCCCUGACCGCUACUUCUCCAUCUCCUGGGCCUUCAACAGCUCCCUCAUUGCCAGCCUGGGGCCCAACGCUGUGCCGGUGCUCAACAAUGAGUUUGCCCAGCGCGAGGCCCUGGGCCAGCUCAAGGUAGCCAAAGAAAGCGACAACAUUUUUGUGCUGAAGAUCUACCGCCUCCGUCUUGAGGACAGUGGCAAGUACAACUGCCGGGUGACUGAGCGGGAGAAGACUGUUACAGGCGACUUCAUCGACAAGGAGAGCAAGCGGCCGAAGAACAUCCCCAUCACCGUCCUGCCGCUCAAGACCAGCAUCUCCUUGGAGAUUAUCAACAACGCCAGCAAUGUCUUGGAGGGGGAGAGCCUGCGCUUUGGCUGCAACGUGCGCUCAGGCUUUGGGCCCCAAAGCCGCCUCUCCGUCACCUGGCAGCUGGUGGACAAGCUGAACCGGCGCAGCGAAAUUGUGCGUCUGGAUCAGGAGGGCACCCUGCAGCCGGGCCCCUCGUACGCCGAGCGCAGCAGCUAUGGGGGCAUCCAGGUGGAGCAGGUCCGGCCCGGCUCCUUCACCUUGGAGAUCUUCAACAGCGUCAAGGCGGACGAGGGCCACUACGAGUGCCGGGUGGCCGAGUGGACGCGGACACUGGAUGGGGAGUGGCAGAUGGUUGGGGAGCGGCACGCAGGCACCCCAGUGUCCAUCACUGCUCUGGAGGCCGGCUUUGCUGUCACAGCUAUCUCCCGCACCCCUGGGGUGACCUACAAUGAGUCCUUCGACCUCCAGUGCAUCAUCAAGCCCCACUACCCAUCGUGGGUACCAGUGUCGGUGACGUGGCGUUUCCAGCCGGCGGGCAGCACCGAGUUUCACGACCUGGUCACCUUCACGCGUGACGGCGGGGUCCAGUGGGGCGACAGGUAUGCAGGUUUCCGGACCCGCACCGCCAUCGAGAAGGCUGAGUCCAGCAACAACGUGCGCCUGAGCAUCAGCAGGGCGAGCGACACGGAGGCCGGCAAGUACCAGUGUGUGGCCGAGCUCUGGAGGAAGAACUACAACAGCAGUUGGACGCGGCUGGCGGACAGGACCUCCAACCUGCUGGAAAUCAGGGUCCUGCGGCCGGUGACCAAGCUGCAGGUGAGCAAGUCGAAGCGGAGCAUCACUCUGGUGGAGAACCGGCCCAUCCCUCUCAACUGCUCAGUGAAAUCCCAGACCAGCCCCGACUCGCACUUCGCCGUGCUGUGGUACGUCCACAAGCCCUCUGACGCUGAUGGCAAGCUCAUCCUGAAGACCACCCACAGCUCGGCCUUUGAGUACGGCACCUAUGCGGAGGAGGAGGGGCUGCGGGGCCGGCUGCAGUUCGAGCGCUCGGCGUCGGGGGGGCUCUUCAGCCUGACAGUGCAGCGGGCGGAGGUCCGAGACAGCGGCAGCUACUACUGCCACGUGGAGGAGUGGCUGCUCAGCCCCAACCACGCCUGGUACAAGCUGGCAGAGGAGGUGUCGGGGCGGACGGAGGUCACCGUCAAGCAGCCAGAUAACCGCCUGCAGGUGAACCAGACCCACAAGAACAUCACGGUGCUGGAGAACCAGUGGGUGACCCUGGAGUGCCUGGUCAGCAGCCGAACCAGCCCCUCAUCCCAGCUCUCAGUGGAGUGGUAUGUCUGGCGACCGGGACACCUGGAGAAGGAGGCGGUGGCCCGGCUGAGCCGGCAGAGCACCCUCCGCUACGGGGACCUGGCAGCGCUGGGCGACCUGCGGAGCCGGCUGCACCUGGAGAGCCCGUCCCCAGGACUCUACCUCCUCUCCAUCCAAAACGCCACCGUGCGGGACAGCGGGGCCUAUGACUGCCACGUGGAGGAGUGGCUCCUCGACCCCAGCGACCGCUGGUACAAGCGGGCAGAGGACCACUCCGGACUUAUCACCCUCACCGUCAAGCAGCCAGAUCCCACCUUGCAGGUGGACACGGCCACCGCCAACCUCACGGUGCAGGAGAAGGAGUCCUUCCCACUGGACUGCAGCAUCCUGUCCCGCUCCAGCCCAGAGUCCCACUUUGCGGUGACGUGGUACAACCUGCGGGCCAAAGAGGUGGGCGGCCAUGCAGAGGAGGAGGAGGAGGAGGAGGAAGAGGAGGAGAGGGAGGCGGUGCUGAGCGUGGGCCCCGAUGCCAUCUUCAGCCCUGAGGCCGGUCGCUGGGAGGGCCGCCUGCGCUUCCAGAGGCUCUCGGCGGUGCUUUUCCGGCUGACAGUGCUGCAGGCAGGCGGUGCCGACACGGGCAACUACUCGUGCCGCGUGGAGGAGUGGCUGGCAGACCCCAACGGCGUGUGGUACCGGCUGGCGGAGGAGGAGUCGGGGACGGUCGCUGUUCACGUGCAGGAUGCAGGCUCCACCCUGCAGUCUGUCAUCUGCUCCAACGACGCCCUCUUCUACUUUGUGUUCUUCUACCCCUUCCCCAUCUUCGGCAUCUUGAUCAUCACCAUCCUGCUGGUGCGGUUCAAGAGCCGAAACUCCAGCAAGAACUCUGAGGGCAAGAAUGGGGUCCCCUUGCUGUGGAUCAAAGAGCCUCACCUCAACUACUCUCCCACUUGCCUAGAGCCACCAGUCCUCAGCAUCCACCCAGGAACCAUAGACUAAAGAGGCAGAAGCGCCUGGGGGGACGCGCAGAGAGAGAAAGCAGAGACGCACUGGGAACGCUAAGGAACAGAGUGUUUUUUGUUGUUCUUGUUUCAUUUGUUUCAGUGUCUGUAUUCCGGCGCAGCGGCUGAGCUCUGCGGAGCGCCCAGCCAGUGGGGACAGAAAAGUCCAAGGCUUUCUCCAGCACCUGUGGGAACACACCCCAUCACCCCAACAGACGGAGGGUCCCUGUGCUUGCUGUACAUAGCGGAUGUUCCUCUCGGAUUAAUUUUGCCCCUGUCAGUUGCUGUCCUUUGGGCCGUUACUUUUUUGUUGUUGUUUCUUUUUCAGUCACUCCAAGAACUGUAGGCUUCCCCCACCCUCCACACAGCGAGGAGUUCCCAGGGGGCUUUUGGUCCUGGGACGAUCUUUGGAAGUAAAUGUAUAUGUUUUCCAAAAGAGACUGUGGUUUUCCUCCUCAGACUCGGUGCCACAGUGAAGAAGGUCUUUUGCCAAGGUGCACUGAGCUAGCUCCUCCCUCUUCCAAAGCCGACAAAGCCAGGUCCACCUCCGGAGGGGGUUAGCUGGGCUAUCAGGAGGUUCAUCUCGAAGGCUGGCUAUAGCCUCAGCAUCUUCUUGCCUUCGUCUUAUUGUUCUCUCAAGAGGGGGCAAGUCACCUUUUGGGAGUGUUCCCCCCAUCUUGGAGAGACUGAAUAUUCAGCACGCUUACGGUCAGGACAAAAGCAAUUUAAUUUGUCUCCAGGAACUGAAGGGGGGAUGGAAGGAGGACACCUGAAAGCCCUGACGUUGUUGGUAGCAAAGAGGGUCCUCGUAUGGUCCAGCUUACCAGAGUCGUGCUCCUCCCUGGUGUCCAUGCUGCCACCUCUGACAAGGCGGGUCCCCUCUGUGCCCCAGUCACCUGGGGACAGGUGGCUGGAUCCAGUCUCUGAAGACUUCAACAUGACCAAAGUAAUGACUCUAGAAAGGGGGAAAGGGGAAGCUCCACAAGUCGGGUUCACGGCCCCUGGAUGGUUCAGCCAAGGAGCCCAGUUGCAGCCACGCAGCAGGGACAUGCAAUUAACCACCACGUGUCACGAGUUUCCCCAUGGCUUGCACUACUUCCUGGCACAAGCUUGGACAAGGCAAGGAGCCUGCACUGCAUCGGCGCCCUGGGGGCUUCUCUGUCCCCUUGGGCCAAGAGAAAUCUUCCCCUGCAUGUGUGCGUGCAUCUGCCGUUUUUUGUUCCUGGGGCUUUAGGAGGGGAAACUAUUCCUCCGUAAGCUCCCCCUCCUGGCAAAGUCACCUGCUCUUGUCAUAGGCAGUCGCUGUGGCAGGAAAUGCUGUUCUUUCUGUGAAAGAUAUGGCUCUCACAAACCAAACCAGGGCUCUCUCUGUGUGGGGCACCUGAGCUCCAAUACCCCGUAAUGCCAAGUAUCCCUGCCCUGUCCUGUGGAGGAAGCCGCCUCCUCCCCCAUACGCCUGAAGCGUUAUGUCUGGCGGAAGAAAAUGUUUGCCAAAAAUGGCCUUUUGUUGUCUUCCUUGAUGUCUUCCUGGCAUAUCCGGCCAUUUAUUUUUUGCAGCAUGGCUGAAGCCAACCGGGGUGGAUGGGCACAGCCACAAGACACACACCCCCCACCGCCUCGUGAGCAAGAGGUGCCAUACUCACAGCCACCGUCCUCUUCCGGAGGGUUGGACUGCUCUUUGUGAAGAGAAGGGGACCUCAGCAGAUGCUCUGUAGCACUAGUUGGUUAGACCCUGAUGCCUUGAUGUUUCAGAGGUGGCGAAGCCUCGGGUGGGAGAUCUGCACUGCGCACCCUCUCUCCUGGCUGGGAGAGGACCCAUGUGGCUGCAGACUGUCCCGUGCCAGGGCAUUCGAAGUCAGCCAUCUCUGCUCCUCCACCAGAACGGCAUUGGUUUCUUCUUCCGCUGGGAAGCCCAAAUUUCACUUGUCCCUCUGCAAAGUCUGCCUCCUCGAGACGUAACUGCUUACUGGCUCCAGCAUAUGCAUAGUAUGAUACUCCUAUAUAUAUAUAUAUAUAUGCAUCACACACCCACACACUUGUCUUCCCUUUCUGGAUAAGGCAUCUGCAAAGAGAGGGGUGGGAUGACAAGUGAAUGGAAAUGAAGAACCGAGGCGCAAACAGCACCAGCUGCAGCCAGUGGGUAUUGUUUCGUAAAUGUAGUAUCUCCUGUACGUACUGCUCCCGGGCAGGAACUGCAACUCAUUUCAGCUUUAAAGGAAAAAAGAGAAAAUGAAGUCAGUGGGAGCCAUUCUUUCCUGGGAGAGAGCACUGUGCUGCGUCCAAGCCAUGCUCCUCCUCUCUAGCCUGUCUGCCCCGUAGCAGGGCUCUCCUGGAGGGCUGUCCUGUGGCCCCGUCCCCCUGGCCGAAAUGGGUCCCUUCCCAGCCCGGCGGUUCCUGCACCGAGCCCAGGCUUUCCCGGGAAGCGGCUCCCACAGUGGUCCCUGAAUGUACCUUGUUGGUGACAUUUCUCCGUUGCUCUGGCAGUGUGUUGCCCAGUCUCAAACUUCUGUUUUUAUAAGGCAGACUUCCUGUAACGAGUUUUAACACGAAGCUUUUCAAACCACUCUCUCUGCUGUAACUUUCUGUAACAAACCCGAGAAGAAAGAGAGAUACCCUAUCCAUGCAUGAUGUGGAAAAAUAUUUGGGAUUUUUUUUAAAAAAAAAAACAACUUUGUACUAUGUUGCACUAAAACAUGUUUUAUACAACACACCUGAGAGCUGUAGUAAACUGUGUUGAAA